AUUCAAACCAGUGCGGCGUGGCCACAGUGCGGUACUCGUUUCCGUGAUGCUAGCUGUAUUAUUACAGUAAAAAUAAAACCCGAAAAUCAAGAAGAAAAGAGAGUAUUCACUGUGAUGUUAUACAAAAUGUGAACGCAGCUCCGGUACGCCGGUGCUUAGUCGACUGAAUUAGAACAUUGUGAGCUUAAUUGUGCUUGCUGAUAAGUGAAAUAAUAACAUGGACUUCAUAAAGUAUUUGUCGGUUUUAGUCGUGUUGUUCUUUGAAAGCGGUGAAACCGGAGGGCACGGGGAAAAGCAUCAUGAUCAGCUCCGAAUACAUCUGCCGAAAUUUAUCCAUCAUGAUCGUCACACAAAAGUAAUAACAAUUCACCAUCAUCAUCACAAACCAAAAAAGGAACAUCAUCACCAUCACCAUCAUCAUCACAAAAAACCUCAAAUACCCCAUGGGCAUCAUUACCAUCAUCAUCACAAGAAAUCGCACUCGACAUCUCAUUCUGUGUCAAAAGGUAGUGAGCAUGGCCAUCACGGACAUCACCACAAGCAUCAUGGCCAUCACAAAAAUCAUGGGCAUCACGGGCAUUCUGGUCACCACGGUCAUUCUAGCCAUCAUGGUCACCACGGACAUUCUAGCCACCAUGGACACGGCCAUAACCACCACGAAUCGCCUUCAUUUCAUUACGAGCCGCCGGCAAUUCCAUCCUUUGAAGAUGACUUCGGACCAUCCUUUACGUCUUCAGCACCAUCAUAUGGCAGCAAUAUAGCUCAGAAUGAGCCACAUGUCCGUGGAAUUUCUCAUACUAUAAAACAGGUUAAGGUUUACGAUUCUUUACCUAAUGGGAUUCCAGCAAGCAUUGGUUCUCAUGGAUAUGAAGUAACGGAAAACGGAGAUGACUCCAAUGACGACGUAUUUACUUCAGUGAAUUCUUUACAACAAUCGUUUCCAGCCACAUAUGGUUAUAUACGAGGUGCUGCGGGCGUCCAUGAUCCGUUUGCGGAGUUAACGCCUCGAGACACGGCACAAACAAACAGUCCCGAUCCGUUUUCUGCGGGCGCUCCGCCUGCCGUACUGUUUGCUAGUGGAGAGUCUUACGAAGGAAACGUUCCAAUCGAUCAUUUCACGUCUUCCGCUGCAGCUGGUAACGUUGGACUAUCUAGCGGAGAAUCGGCAGAUCAGUUCCCAGUAACGUUCCAAGCAGAAGACGGAACGCCGACUUCUUUUGCUGGAGCCGUAGGUGGUAUUUCUGGAUUUGAUGCAGGCGAUCGUUCUAUAAUCGAUGAAACACCCGUGUCAGUUUCACGAGAAGCGGGCAUCCAACAAAGGACGAAAACAGGAGAAAUCGAAACUUUAAUUUAUUAAAUCAAUUUAUUAUUAUAUUAUAUUUUAUAAAGUCGUCAUAUUAUCAUAAUAUUUUGUCUUAAUAUAAUAAAAAAAAAACAUUAUUCGUAAUUUAUCAUAGCGCUUAGGAUAAAUGACUUACUUAUACAUAUUUAGUACAAAAAUAACUCUUAGUUAUAAUAACGAUAAGUAUUGAGUAAAAUAUUUGUUUUUAAACUGAGUGAAUGUAUAAUAAAAGAAAAGAAAUUAAAAGUUAUUAGAACGAUCA